CCAUGAAAAGAGCACAUGUGAUGAAAAUGUCCCGACCAAGAACAACGGCAAAUACAUAUAUGCAUCAAUGAAGGUAGGCGCGUUAAUGUAUUCAUGUCUUUACAUGAAUAACUCGGCCCAUUAUUCAACUACUAGAGUGUAUUGCGCUCUCGGGUCCACAGAUUUUAGGUUUCAACCCACCAAAAUCUCCAGCGCAGUGUCAAUGUUAGCAAUCUUUCAAUAGACUGUCUCAUUGUGAAGCCACUUGUCAAAGGUAUCAAAGCCUUUCCGAUUCAAGUCCUUAUCACAUAGCGCAGUAUCAUGGAGGAAGACCGUGCCCAGACAGAUCUCGGCAUCGCCGCUGAUAUCGAAGAGGCUCAUGCCCCGCCCCCACCUGAACCGACUGUCAAGCAGCCCAGGAAGAGAUUUGUUGGGCGACGUACAGCAGCAAGAAAUGCAGGCGCUGAACAAUCAGAGGGAGAUGCUGGUGCGAUCCAAGUCUCACAAGCGAGGCGGCCACCUAGGCUACUCAACCAGGUACCCCCUGAGAUCCUAGAUAAUCCAGAGUUAAAGGAGGCCAUUGCAUUGCUGCCAGCAAACUAUUCAUUUGAGAUCCCAAAGACAAUACACAGGAUACGCUCGUCUGGUGCGAAAAAGGUCGCCCUACAGAUGCCAGAAGGCCUUCUCUUAUUUGCCACUACCAUCUCGGACAUUCUCACUCAAUUCUGUCCUGGCAUUGAGACUCUUAUUAUGGGAGAUGUCACCUACGGAGCUUGCUGUAUUGACGAUUAUACCGCACGAGCUCUAGGGUGUGAUCUCUUAGUGCAUUAUGCACACAGCUGCUUGAUACCAGUUGAUGUCACAAAGAUCAAGGUGCUCUAUGUUUUCGUUGACAUUAGCAUCGAUACAGCACACCUACUCGCGACUAUGGAGCGCAACUUUGCACCACCAAAGACCGUCGCAAUAGUGGGCACAAUACAGUUCAACGCGACCAUCCACGGCGUGCGUUCUGCACUCGAAAAGGCCGGUUUUAAGGUGUUGAUCCCACAAAUAGCGCCGCUGUCAAAGGGUGAAAUCUUAGGAUGCACAUCUCCGCGUUUACCAGAUACCGAAAACGUCGAUCUCAUCCUAUAUCUAGGAGAUGGGCGCUUCCAUCUUGAAAGCAUCAUGAUCCAUAACCCGAAAAUAUCGGCCUACAGAUAUGACCCUUACUCAAGAAAGUUAACCCGUGAGACAUAUGGCCACGAGGAGAUGCAGAACUUGCGAAAAGAUGCCAUUCAGACAGCCAAAGGCGCGAAGAAGUGGGGGCUGAUUCUCGGAUCACUUGGUCGCCAAGGCAAUCCACACACUAUGACACUUAUCGAAGAGAAGCUAAAGUCGAUGGGCAUCCCUUGGGUGAACCUACUCCUGAGUGAGAUCUUCCCAGGAAAGCUCGCCAUGAUGAGCGAUGUGGAAUGCUGGGUGCAAGUCGCUUGCCCGAGACUUAGUAUUGACUGGGGGUAUGCCUUUCCACGUCCACUGUUAACGCCAUAUGAGGCUCUUGUAGCUUUGAAUGAGAGACAAGACUGGUCAGAUACUGGUGUCUACCCCAUGGAUUAUUAUGCCAGAGAAGGGCUGGGAAGAACUAAAGAUGUUAGGGUCUCUACUUGAGCACUAUCAAACUAGAACUGGGUGAGCAAUGAAACAUUAUGUGGUACGGUUCAUUCCGGAGUUCAGGAGUAUACAUGUAAUUGAAGCAAGGUUCACAAUCAGGAGGACAACACGGUCCUCUCUUCGAAGAAGACUAUAUGAAGUCGUCAUCAGGCACCAUUCAUACAGUGUAUUGCCGACAUGAUUAUACAUCACUCUCUCGCUUGUGGUGAUGUUAAUUGAUCUCUCCCCAUAUAUUCAUCGUGAGGGCGUGCGCCAUCUUAUCCCUGCGAGUCUAACCCAAGCUUUGCCGUUCUAAGUAUCACGUACAAUAAGUAUUAUGGUAGAAUGGGAGGAUGGUAGCGCGCACAAAGGUAUCAUAAUAGUUCUUGUACUCAUGUGAUGCAAACUUUGCGGAUACCGUGGCGCGAUUCCCACGAGACUAAAUGAAACAAGCCUAGAGCACACUGAGAGGAAUCAGAGGGAUAGAAUCGCAUGAAGUACCACCCAAUGGAUGUGGAUUACAUGAACGAUAGCUCCGUAUCCCAUUGGAGCGAAUAUACAGGUGGCUUACUUGCUGGUACUCUUGAGGCUGGUCUCAUCAUUACAUCAACUCCGGAAUUGAGAUUGAAGCUAAGCAUACAUCAGGGAUGAAUGGCCGCGUCACCGAUAUGAUAGAAUCCCCAAUGACAUGUGAACUACUACGUA